AAAUCACUGGAAGAAUAAUAAGGUGUCUUUAUUAGUCAUAUGUACAUCGGAACACACAGUGAAAUACAUCUUUUGCGUAAGAGUGUUCUGGGGGCAGCCUGCAAGUGUCGCCACGCUUCUGGAGCCAACGUAGCGUGCCCACAAUUUCCUACCCGGUACGUGUUUGGAAUGUGGGAGGAAACCAGAGCAUCCGUGGAGGCAAAGGGAUGGUCAGCAUUUUGGGUUGAGACCCUGUACGUCCAGAUAAUUACUUGAAUUUAAGUCCAGGCUUGACAGUGAGACAAUGGAUUUGGAUUUAGUGAACAUGUUUGUUUUAGCAGGAGGCACACUGGCCAUACCCAUUCUUGCAUUUGUGGCCUCCUUCCUCCUGUGCCCUGCAGCACUCAUCAGAUUCUAUUACUGGUACUGGCGAACAACAUUAGGCAUGCAAAUUAAAAAUGCUGACUAUGGUAACUAUCGAUUCUGCUAUUCAACCCGUGGAAAACCUGGUAGUAAACCUUCCAUUUUGAUGUUGCAUGGAUUUUCGGCUCACAAGGACAUGUGGCUAUCUGUAGUGAAGUUUCUGCCCAAGAACCUGCACUUGAUCUGUGUAGACAUGCCAGGCCAUGAGGGCACAACACGUACUUGCAUAGAUGAUUACUCCAUAAAAGGGCAAGUAAACAGAAUUCAUCAGUUUGUUGAAUGCAUUGGGUUGAAUAGAAGACCAUUCCAUCUGAUUGGUACAUCAAUGGGUGGUAAUGUUGCUGGUGUUUAUGCUGCUCAACACCCGACUGAUGUCUGUGGCCUAACACUCAUCUGUCCUGCAGGUCUGCAAUAUCCCAGAGAAAGUAAAUUUGUAAAAGAAUUAAAGACACUGGAGCAAACGGGAGAUGUUAGCAAGGUCCCACUAAUCCCAUCUACGCCUGAAGAGAUGGAGGAAAUGCUGAAGCUUUGUUCCUAUGUUCGCUUCAAAGUACCUCAGCAGAUUCUUCAGGGUCUUGUGGAUGUUCGACUGCCUCACAAUGACUUUUACCGUGAACUAUUUCUGGAAAUAGCUGGAGAAAACUCAAGACACACUUUACAGGAACACAUGAACCUAAUCAAAGCUCCGACUCAAGUCAUUUGGGGAAAGCAGGAUCAGGUACUUGAUGUUUCUGGAGCUGGAGUACUUGCUGAAAACAUUCCUGGGUGUAGAGUGGAUUUCUUGGAAAACUGUGGUCAUUCUGUGGUGAUGGAGCGGCCCCGUAAAAGUGCUAAACUCAUCUUGGAAUUUUCAACUUUGCUGCAAAACCGAAGAUCUGAAAGCAAUAAGAAAUUAGCCUAACAAUUAUAACAGAAAGCUGUAUUGCUUUGGAUUGGAAAUAAAAUGUGAUGCUGUAACAAUUCCCAGGAAACACUUGUGAUUGGAAUGAAUGCUAAUGAUCCUGAUUAUUAAGAGCAUUAUUUUACAGUGUUUGAUGGUAAAUUUAAAAUACAUUAGCCAUAUUUUGAAAGACUCAGAGCAUUACCAACAAAUAAAAGCAUGCAGUAUAUAAAGAUUAACUAAAAUCAAAGAAAAACAUAAUUUCAUCCAAAUUUCCCAUGCUUUGUCAAAAUUUCAUUUUAAUAUUUUUAAUUAUGCCAGUCAAUGGCAGUAACGGUGCAGGAAUGCAUUAGGUUUACAUUUUUUCCAGUUUGACCUGUUUCCUAAAGUAUAUAAAUCAUUAUUGUAAUACAUUUAAUGUGUAAUUUAUAUUUCAGUUAUAAUUAUUAAUUUAUUAUUUAUUAACGUGUUCCUUUUGACUGUUUGGCAUUCACUUUUAAAUCUGUAGUAGUUCAAAUAACUCUUCCAACAGCAUUGUUACAGGGAGGGUGACAGUUGCUAUCAGUGUUAUAUAGUGCAGAUAUUCUUGUAGUUUUGAUAGGGAAUUGCAUUGUGUUGACACCUUUAUAUAGAUAACAAAAAAUGCUCACAAACAGUUGCAAAUGGCCGCCACAGUUACACUUUAUUGAAACAUUGUGAACCUAAUACUUCACAUGACCAUCAACUAAAACAAAGGUAACAAAAUCUGGAGAAUGAUAAAUUAUAUUAACUUAGUUUUCACAUUUAAUAAAUAUUCCACAAACAUAUUCAAUUUAAUAUUUUGAAAAUAGAACUGGGCAAUGAUUUGGUUAAUGUAUGGUUUGUUGCCAAUAAGUAAAUGCUGCCUUAGUUCAUUGUCUAGACUUCAGCUACCCUCACCCUAGUUCAGCAGAAACAUUGUUGAGUUUGUGCUACCUCCAUAAGCUUUCAUUUCAGGAUAAUGUUUUAAGAAAGAUUAUAGUUAAUGGACCUAACGCUGUAUACAAUUACGAUCUGAUGUGCAUCCUUGCAGGUGGAAAAGUUUAAUCAUUACUCAAAUAGACAAUGGCUGUUUCCAGAAAUUAAUAAUAUGCCCUCGUUAUUAAUCUGUGAAUGAAUUAUGAAUUCUAUGAAUUCUAUUAAUGCUACUGUAAUUAUACUUAAAUAUGUGUAAUGCAUAAAUAUUCCAUUGAGAGAUAAUUCUUAAUGUUUUUUUAAAUUUUUGUGGGGGGUGGGAUCUCAAUUGUUCCAGAAGUCAAAUGCUAGAAUCCCAUUGGUGUUCAAGGAGGCACCCAUGCAUUUUAAUUGUACUCUUAACAGGCAGUUGAGUUUGUCUGAAGUCAUUGGACAUGUUGCACUAACAGUUGUGUCAUGACUGUAAGUACUUCUAAAAGGCUGAAGUAGCAAUAACCAUCAUGCUCCAUUGGAGAUCACUUUUGCUUAACAGUUGUUAGUGGAUAUGCUUUCUGUCCUGAACCUUGCUAUCUGAAGUAGUAAGUGCUAGAUUGAUGUGAGUCUAAAGGAAAGAAAUCUGAUUUAUUUUGAAUAGUAUUAUUAAUGACUCGGAUUGAUAUACUUUGUCAGUGGAUAUUUUAAGAUCAAGGUAAUCAUCCACUGCCUGGAAUAAUGUAAGCUUUGCUAUGAAAGCUACCCUUAUUUAAAGUAUUGUAAAUAUAUUAAAAUUGGCCUUGUUUUGGAGGAUUGGAAUCAUCAAUAUCCUUUCAUCUCUAUAAGCAAAGGUUGAAUACAAUACUCAAAAACUAUUUUUCUCCCAGUUUCUUCCUUUUGCUUUUGAAAAGUUUAUUGAAAUAAAUGCAGUUUACUGCUCAGUAACAUAAAUUUGCAGUAGCAAAAAUGAUUACAAAUAUGAUUCAAAGUCGUGGUUCACUUAGUCUAUGAGAAUAUAUAGCUAUGGAAAAGAAAGUGUCCUGUGGGUAUUAUUCUCUGAAGUUGAUGCAGAUGAUUGUUUGAUUUGGGGAAGCUUUGCAUUUUCAAGAUUUGUUCUGUUUAACUUGAUUAUUGGAGUUAUAAUUUACAAAUUAAAUGCAUGUUUUACUCUAGUUUUAUUUUUCACAACAUCUAUACAAAAGAUACAAUUAGUUUUUACUUUUAGAAUUAUUUCCUAGCUGAAAAUGUUUUAAAAAAAUCAGUUAAAUGGUAAUUACCCACAAAAUUUUUCUCCAUUGGUGAAGAACCUAUCUUUCCCGUAAGGUUCCGUUAAGUAGUCUCUAUUGUGUUUAUUGUAGAUUUGUGAGUAAGGCAAAAGUACAAUCAAAAAUGCAUUAUACUUGUUCAAAAAUAGCUGUGCCUGCUAGAAUAAUCCUACAGGUGAAAAAACUAUUUUUCACCAGCAGACUUUUAAAUAAGUGGUUCCUUAAAAACCCUGAUUCAUUGUUUUACCUAAUAAUUCUGUAUGUGUUGCAGUUGUUAGCAAGUGUUUUGGAUAUCCUAACUGACCUUUGUUUUAUCUAGAUAUACUCCAUCAUAGAACAAAAAAACUGGUUGUAAAGAAGGAUGUAAAUAAACUUUUUUACCUCUUCCAUUUUGGCUGCAUCCAGUAAAGAUUGAUGUAUUAAGUAUGCAUGUUAUAGGACAAAUAAAAAAUAAUGGAAUAAAUAUCUUCUGACCCUUGUUCUAACUCUGCAGAAC